GCUUUCACCUUAGCAACCUGCGCGGCUCCCAUUAUGGCUGAAGAAGAAGUUCCCGCCUCGGUGGAGAAAGUUGUCCGGAUCCAGAGGGUGUUUAUUAAUCUACUGGACACAUACAGCAGCGGAAACAUUGGGAAGUUUCUAUCCAACUGUGUAGUCGGAGCUUCACUUGAAGAAAUUACAGACGAGGAGGAAGAGGAAGAUGAAAAUAAGUCAGCUGCCCCAGAAGCCGCAUCAGCCAAACUCAAGGAAGGCACUUUCCAGAUUGUGGGCACACUUGCCAAGUCCGAAAGCAUCCGUCUGGAGUUUGCGGUGGAGACGUACUCUGCCCUCUCUCGAGAAGAACUUCUCAUGCGCCUGAUGGAGUGUGAUGUUGUUAUCUAUAACAUCACUGAAUGCCCCCAGCAAGUGGAGGAGGCCAUAUGGGCAGUGUCUGCCCUGAAUGAAGAAAUCAGCCAUUUUGAAAAACGGAAGGUGUUUGUUUUAAUAUCCACGGUGAUGACUUGGGCACGUUCCAAACCCCUGGAUCCUGAUGACAGUGAGAUUCCAUUUACUGAAGAGGAUUAUCGAAGAAGAAAGCACCAUCCUAAUUUUCUGGAUCACAUAAAUGCUGAGAAAAUGGUCCUCAAAUUUGGAAAAAACGUCAGAAAAUUUGCAACUUACGUAGUUGCUGCUGGACUUCAGUAUGGGAUGGAAGGAGGUCUCUUACAUACUUUUUUUAAGACUGCUUGGCUGGGUGAGGUCCCUGCAUUAUCAGUUUUUGGCGAUGGAUCAAAUAUAAUUCCAGCAAUUCACGUGCUGGAUUUAGCAGGAGUGAUACAGAACGUAAUCGACCACGUGCCAAAGGUCCACUACCUGGUGGCUGUGGACGAGUCUGUGCAGACCCUGGAAGAUGUGGUCAAGUGCAUCAGUAAAAAUACCGGCCCUGGGAAAAUCCAGAAAUUACCUAGAGAAAAUGCUUUUCUAACCAAGGACUUGACACAAGAGUGUCUUGACCACUUACUGGUCAAUUUGAGGAUGGAAGCGCUCUUUGUGAAGGAAAAUUUUAACAUCCGAUGGGUUGCCCAAACAGGAUUCGUGGAAAAUAUCAACAACAUCCUCAAAGAAUAUAAGCAAAGCCGAGGACUGUUGCCCAUCAAGAUUUGUAUUCUCGGUCCUCCCGCUGUGGGAAAAUCCAGCAUUGCUGUGGAACUGUGCAAAUACUACAAGCUGCACCACAUCAAACUCAAGGACGUCAUUUCCGAGGCCAUAGCAAAACUGGAGGCGAUUGUCGCACCUCAGGAAGGAGGAGAAGAAGAAGGUGAAGAGGAGGAGGAGGAGGAGAACGUGGAAGACGCGCAGGAACUCUUAGACGGCAUCAAGGAGAGCAUGGAGCAGAAUGCAGGCCGACUAGAAGAUCAAUAUAUAAUUAGAUUCGUGAAAGAAAAGCUAAAAUCUAUGCCUUGUAGGAAUCAAGGUUAUGUUUUGGAUGGAUUCCCAAAGACCUAUGAUCAAGCAAAAGACUUGUUCAAUCAAGAAGAUGAGGAGGAGGAGGAAGAAAUCAGAGGCAAAAUGUUUCCCUUUGAUAAAUUAAUCAUACCUGAGUUCGUCUGUGCGCUGGACGCCUCUGACGAAUUCCUGAAGGAGCGGGUGAUGAACCUUCCUGAGAGCCUGGUGGCGGGGACCCACUACACCCAGGAUCGAUUCCUCCGAGCUCUGAGCAACUACCGGGACAUCAACACUGAUGAGGAGACCGUCUUCAACUACUUCGAUGAACUUGAAAUCCACCCGAUACAUAUUGACGUAGGAAAACUCGAAGAUGCUCAGAACAGACUUGCCAUCAAGCAGCUGAUCAAAGAGAUCGGGGAGCCACGGAAUUACGGCUUAACCGACGAAGAAAAGGCGGAGGAGGAGCGGAGGGCGGCGGAGGGGCGGCUGGCCAGGGAGGCCGCCGAGGAAGCGGAGCGGGAGCACAACGAGGCCGUGGAGAUGGCGGAGAAGAUCGCACGCUGGGAGGAGUGGAACAAACGACUAGAGGAAGUGAAAAGAGAAGAGAGAGAGUUACUGGAGGCGCAGUCGAUUCCCCUGAGAAACUACUUAAUGACCUAUGUGAUGCCGACUCUGAUGCAGGGUGUGAAUGAGUGCUGCAAGGUCAGACCGGAGGACCCCGUCGAUUUUCUGGCAGAAUAUCUCUUCAAGCACAAUCCUGAAACACAGUGA